UCUCGUCCGCUUCGAACUAACGAAGAGAGAGACAAAGAAAGAGAGAGAUAUUGAAAAAAACCUGGUAACCGCCGAAUCGGAUUCAGAAAAGGACAGUGGACGAAUGGCGUUAUCUGCACUUGGCAGUGACGACCACUAGCUCGCUCGCUCGCUCCACGCCCGCCACGUGUCGUGCGAAACCUCGGUUGCCUCCAGAUAGGCCCAUCCCCCCUUCGCAGUUCUUUAUCCUCUCUCUCGAACCGAGCACCAACCGCGGAGAAAACCCCCUAGCCGCAGAGAAAGAAAGGAAAGAAUCGUGUUAAUCGAAGAUGGAUCACGCGGCGGAUGCGCACCGGACGGACCUGAUGACCAUAACGCGUUUCGUGCUGAACGAGCAGUCGAAGCACCCGGAGUCGCGCGGCGACUUCACCAUCUUGCUCAGUAACAUUGUGCUUGGCUGCAAGUUCGUCUGCUCGGCCGUGAACAAGGCGGGUCUUGCCAAACUCAUUGGACUUGCUGGAGAGACCAAUGUUCAGGGUGAAGAGCAAAAGAAACUGGAUGUGCUUUCAAAUGAUGUUUUUGUCAAGGCUCUGAUAAGCAGUGGCCGAACUUGCAUCCUUGUAUCAGAAGAGGAUGAGCAGGCAACAUUUGUGGAGCCUUCUAAGCGUGGAAGGUAUGCUGUUGUUUUUGAUCCGUUAGAUGGAUCCUCCAACAUUGACUGUGGAGUUUCAAUUGGAACUAUCUUUGGGAUUUAUAUGGUGAAACAUGGCAAUGAACCAACUCUAGAUGAGGUGUUGCAACCUGGGAAGAAUAUGGUGGCAGCUGGCUAUUGCAUGUAUGGGAGCUCUUGCACGUUAGUGUUAAGCACUGGAACCGGUGUUAAUGGCUUCACGCUUGAUCCAUCUCUUGGCGAGUUCAUUUUAACUCACCCAGACAUCAAGAUUCCAAAGAAAGGAAAGAUAUAUUCAGUAAAUGAAGGAAAUGCCAAGAACUGGGAUGGUCCAACAACCAAGUAUGUUGAAAAGUGCAAGUUUCCCGAAGAUGGUUCAUCACCAAAGUCACUAAGAUACAUUGGAAGCAUGGUAGCUGAUGUCCACCGCACAUUACUCUAUGGUGGUAUCUUUUUGUAUCCCGCUGACAAGAAGAGCCCCAAUGGGAAACUGCGUGUUCUCUAUGAAGUCUUCCCAAUGUCAUUCUUGAUGGAAAAAGCAGGAGGUCAGGCUUUCACUGGCAAGCAACGGGCACUGGACUUGGUUCCGAAGAAUAUUCAUGAGCGAUCUCCAAUAUUCCUUGGCAGCUAUGAUGAUGUUGAGGAAAUUAAAGCUAUCUAUGCUGCUGAAGAUAAGGAAUAAAGUCAUGAUUCUCGUUUCUGUUGUGCCACUUACAUAGCAUCAAUAUUGUCUGCAUUUACCAAAAUUUCAGUCAUCCAUUCACAAGAUGUACUCUUUUUGAGGUUUCUUUGUAAUAAUAUGCUACAGUCUAUUGAUGGAUAUUUAAGUGCAAGCUCAUAUAUUAUUGAGAA